GCGGCAGGCCGCGCAGGCGCGUUGAAACUGUGCCGUUCAAUUCCGAAGGGUGAGGGGCAGUGGCUAAAUCGAGCGGCGUCUGACAGGGUCGCUGAGCGAACCUGUAACUAGGCGAGGCGAGGCGGGGCGGCGCGGUCAACACCAUGUCGAGGCAAGCGAAUCGUGGCACCGAGAGCAAGAAAAUGAGCUCUGAGCUCUUCACUCUGACCUAUGGAGCUCUGGUCACACAACUUUGCAAGGACUAUGAAAAUGAUGAAGAUGUGAAUAAACAGCUGGACAAAAUGGGCUAUAAUAUUGGAGUCCGACUGAUUGAAGAUUUCUUGGCACGGUCAAAUGUUGGAAGGUGCCAUGACUUUCGGGAAACUGCAGAUGUCAUUGCCAAGGUGGCGUUCAAGAUGUACCUGGGCAUCACUCCAAGCAUUACUAAUUGGAGCCCAGCUGGUGACGAAUUCUCCCUCAUUUUGGAAAAUAACCCCUUGGUGGACUUUGUGGAACUUCCUGAUAACCACUCAUCCCUUAUUUAUUCCAAUCUCUUGUGUGGGGUGUUGCGGGGAGCCUUAGAGAUGGUCCAGAUGGCUGUGGAGGCCAAGUUUGUCCAAGACACCCUGAAAGGAGAUGGUGUGACAGAAAUCCGGAUGAGGUUCAUCAGGCGGAUUGAGGACAAUCUUCCAGCUGGAGAGGAAUGACCACCCCAGGACUUGAGGAUAGCCAACAGGAGCACUUAGUGGAACCAGCAAGCCUCUGUGCUUUCUCUGCCCUCCAGAACUCAGUGACUCUUCAAUAUGGAUGCUAUAUAUUCCUCUAAGUUUGUUUCCAUUCUCCAUGCUAAUAAAGAGCAGACUGAUAUUGUCCCUUUACCCCACAUGUACACGUUCAGGAGGGAAAUUCUUUGUUUCCUUUCUCUUCAGAGGGGUGGAGGUAAUCCUCCUUGGUUGGACCAGAAAGAGCUGAACCAUUUUACAUUCCUGUUUGAAUUUUUCAAAGCAAAACCCAUUUUGACCCCUUUAAGAGACAAGCCUGGCACGUCUAUCCUUGGGCCUUUAGCGACCCAUUGCCAAAUGGCUAUAGGGAAUCUGGGGUUGUAGGGUGUUGGGAGGAGGGGCUGGGAGGGGUGGAUAGGAAUUGUUAGCUGUAGUGUGACACACUGUAGUGCUUGCCGGGAAAGGAGAGCCAGUCAUGCCAGAAACACUGACUUCUGGGAAGCCACCCAGGUCUCCUUCCUCCCUGCUGUUUGGAGGCAACAUCUCCUCUUUGUACAGGGGGUCCAUCCUUUUUCUUACAAAUUCUUCAAUAAAGACAACAUUCUUGAGUGAAUUCCCAAUCA